AAGUUUUUACAUCCUUCCUUCAUAGUAACCACCUUUUCCACCAAAUCAUUUAAAUUUAAAUUCGUUUACCCACAUGGCAGCUGAUACCACUCCCAUAAGUACUUUUCAAUCCACACCGGAAUAUACUGCGCUCGCGCGUACCCCAAGCAGGACGACAACUCGUUCCUACCGAAUGUUUUGUGUCAAAGACAUCCUUUGGAUUCUUCCUAAAAGUCACUCAAAUCGUUUUCCCGUUUCGCCGGGAAGGAAAUGUAAUUUAGUUUCGUCCUUCUGGAUCUCGCCCAAUUACUCAUCAUAGUCGUAGACGCAAGUAAAGGAAGUUGAAGUUUCUAGAUAGUGUAAUUGUCCUUUAGAUCCUCCUUAUAUACUCGCGGCUCUCACUAGGGAGACUUGAAUGUUUUGAUUAUGUAUUUGGUAUAUUCAUAAACAUCCCUAACCAUUCACGGGAAUGGAUGUGAAGAAAAACAGGAAAGCUCACUUCAGCAAUAAGUAGACGACAGAAAGCAGGAAGAAUGCGUUUAAGGCACGCCAAAUUGAUUAUUCUACUAAUAGUCAUCGGUAACCUCGUGUUGUUCUACUACUCAUGGCGCUCCUUCCUCUGGAAAUCUGUGCUCGACAUCAACGAUCCCAUCCAUCCUGUCACGGAAAAGAUGAAGAUUGCGGUGAAGGAUAAAGUGAAGACCGCUAACAAGCACAUCCGUAAAUCCAUUACUAUUGUGUUUCGUAACUUUUUCACUUUCGAAAAUGACCUGAGAGCGUCCAUUGAUAAUAUCCUUGAAGUCGUUCCAAACAUUCCUAUUAUAGUCGUACACGACAGUGUUCCCUAUCCGCCAAUGAGUUACUCAAGCAACACAACUAACGAGAAUGCCAUUAAAGUUUUCCAUCUUGGAUUCGAUAUUAGUAAGACGGCCAAGGAGGCGUCCCCGCUGAACGAAAUCAAAACAAAAUACGUCCUUUUCAUGCCCGACAGUGUUCGGCUGAGUGGCAAGAGUCUUUUGCAGAAGAUCCUGAAGGAAGUGAGCAGUGGUACGACGGGGGACGAACGUGUCAAUAAUUUGGAUAAGAGUGGCAGGAAAAUUGUGAUAAUUCCGUUUUCGGGGAACAUUAAGUCGUUUAGUAGUUGUUGCCAAAUAAUAUUGGAUUUGCCCAACUGGACGAUGGAGUACAUUGCUAUGAACGGGAGCAACACGUGUGAUUUGUAUCUUCAAAAACACGCAAUAAUGGUGGAUGUCUCCGCGCUGAGAGAUAUGCCGGAUGCGAUGUCUUCACCUUUCCCAGAAAUCUUCUAUAUUCAAGCUAAACUCGCAGGAAUUAAGAAAACCGUUUUUCCAUACCUCCUACAAGAUGGUAAACGCCUGUUCACCUCAUACCACACUAAGCAACGUCGAAUGGAGAUCCGGCGAAGGCAGUUCCGAGACAUGUACCGCAAGCUACAAAUCAAGCGUAUUAUUCGCAAAUCGCACAAGAUCAAUCCAAAGACCGACACGAAAGACGGAUCAAAUCCCCAGCAUAACCUCGUCCUCGACACUCAGUUCUCCUCGUCGAAUUUCUCGCUUCCACUUACCACUGAAAUCGACUUGAUCGGCUGCGAGAGGACCACAAAAUCUUGCAUAGGUCCUGUGUACAAUAUGAAACCAUUCUACACCUACUUAAAGAAGCACACGCCUCCUUGUUGUUUGGACAAGAUGAAAUCAACCUUCCACCAUGUUCUGGACGAGUUUGAAACCGUUGGGAUCCGCUACUGGUUGGACAAUGCCGCUCUCAAAACCGCCAUUGAAACUGGAUUGUUGUCUCCUGAUGCCUACGAAAUUGAUAUUAGCUUCAAUUCAGACGACCUGGAGCGAUCAGCAUCACUGAAAAAGGCUCAAGUUCGGCCAUUCAGCGACCCCGAGGGAUUCUACUGGAUCAAGGCGACUGAUGGUCAGUACUUUCGUGUUCAGUUUUCGAAAAUCAACCAGGUGGGCGUGAACCUGCUUCCUUUCGAAAUAAAAGCGAAUCGUGUUCGUCCCAAUGGAUUUUUCGGGUGGAAAGCUAAGGAAUUCUCAGCAGAAUUUCUGCAUCCCAUGUCGACGGUUGUGUUUCUCGGAAAAAAUGUAAUGUGUCCGAAUAAUGUACGCGAAUACCUAGAUUAUAAGUUAAUUAAAUGAGUUCUUAACAGAGAUUGAAAUAAGAAUGUACAAGGAGGGUACUGGCAAUUUUGUGAUACAAUUUAUGCCUCCGCGCUUCUGUUACGCGCUCCGAUUACCUAGAUGAUUUCAAUACAGGUUCAUUUCAAGAUAUCCCUUUAAGGGAGCUAUGAAAUGAAAUAUUUUCCUUUAGAGAAUCACAUUGACCGCCAUGUUUAUGUUUUUUUUUAUAAAUAUACCAGGACUUGUUACUUAAAGUACUGAUAGGAAGGUUCUUCAGGCAUUGCAGCUGUUAACUACUUGUAUUUCAAUUGAAACUUCUGUAAAUUUAUAUACAUAAUCCUUUUUAAUGUACCUACAUAUACUGUAAACAGAAAACUAAAAAUAUAAAUUAAAUAAAGCACAAAGUUUCAUGUGGCUA